AUGAUAAACAAGAAAGAUGUUUGGAUUGCGGCAGGUGCGGUUUGUGUUAGACUUCAGGAUGGCUCUCAGCCACUGAAGAUAUUGCCGUCGAUGGAUAUAACGAAGAUACCUGGCUUAAGCCAACAACGUAGAGUAGUUGUCUCUCAGCAUAGUGUUAAUAUUUGCAGUUCCUUAGUUAAUAUUCAAAUUUGUCACCUCAAUGCGCAAUCAUUGAUUCCGCACAUUGAUGAGUUUCGAGAUCAUUUUCGGGUUUUGGAUUAUGAUGUUAUCGCUGUUUCGAAAUCGUGGCUGUCUUCAAGUGUUGUUGAUGCUCAACUCAAUCUUCCUCAGUUUCACCUGCUUCGUAAUGACCGGAAGACACGUCACGGUGGAGGUGUUUUACUAUUCAUACGUAAUACAUUGUCUUCAAGAAUUAUUAACUGUUCCUCGAACCUUCUGGAUGGUUAUCCAGAGUAUAUUAUUGCUGAAGUAUGGACUACGUUACGUAACAAAAUUUUAAUCUCUGUGAUAUAUCGUCCCCCGAAUACUGAUUUGCUGAAUGACUUUGAAAGAGACUUUAGUGAGCUUUUCAUGUUCUAUAAGAAUAUUGUGAUAUUGGGUGAUUUGAAUAUAAAUAUGUUAGUUAAUACUAAUUUGUCUGCGCAUUUGAAUGACUUCUGUAACUCUUAUAAUUUAAACAUUGUUCCAUUUAGUGCUACACAUCAUCAUGGUACGUCACACACAUGGAUUGAUCAUUGUAUAAUUAAUGACAUUAAUAAUUUGGUUGACUCAUGUCAAUCAGAUGUGCUUUUUCUUUCUGGCCAUGACAUUAUUAGUGUUACGUUAAAUUUUAGUGUUCCACGGCACUCCCCUUCGACGUUCCGCUGCCGUAACUGGAGUCUCAUUACAAAUAAAUCAAUAGCUGAUAUAGUCGGCAACUCAUCAGCAUUAUUCCACGAUAAUUAUCAAUCAGUUGAUGACAGUAUUUCGUAUCUAAACCAAAAUGUGUUUCAUAUUAUUGACUCAAUUGCUCCGGAGCAUGUAAUAAAGGCAUCUCGUCCGUCUGCUCCUUGGAUAUCUAGUGUCAUUCGCGAUUUACAGCAUCGCAGGGAUAAGCUGUAUAGAAUUUAUCGUAGAUCUGGUUAUGCUUAUGAGGAGUACUGCAAUGUCCGCCGACUUGUAAAAAAGAGAAUUAUUGAGGCAAAAAAGAAUUAUUUGCAGGACAGGUUCAGGUAUCCUAGGUGUCCGAAAGCCGUCUGGAAUGACUUCAGAAGACUGGGUCUUUUAAGAGAUUCCUCGAAAGUAUUUAUCUUGCCAGAUCUUGAUUUGAAUCAACUCAAUGACCACUUCGUGUCUGUUGGCAGUUCUGGGCGCAAUUACGUUAAUCAUCAAAACGUCUGUAUCAAUGAUAGCAACGCCCUUAACCAGUUUAAUUUCGUAGAAAUCACUGAGGAAGAUGUUAAGCGAAAUCUAAAGCGCAUUACUACUGCAGCUGUUGGUCCAGAUGGUCUUUCCAUUACAUCCCAAGCUGUUAAGCAUGGAGACUGUUUGUCUUCAUGGCAAUGUUCUCGGAGUGGUGUUCUACAGGGCAGCGUGCUUGAGCCGCUUUUGUUCUCGUUGUUUGUCUCAACGUUGGGCUUGCAGAUUGAAAGUAAGCAUCUCUUUUAUGCAGAUGACUUGGUUGUUUAUGUAUCCUGUUCAAUAUCUGACUUGAAUGAUGCAGUGUUACAGCUGAAUGCUGACGUCGAUCUCAUAGUGGAGUGGUGUACUAAUAAUUUGUUAAAGCUCAAUGCUGCAAAGACUAAAUCAAUUAUUUUUAAUUCCCCUUGGCAUGUAAAAGAUCAGGCUUGUGUUUCAGCUAGGAAAAUUGUGACUGGUGAUGUUGUUACUAAUUACUCGGUCUCUGUUAAAUACUUGGGUAUCAUCUUAGAUCAUACUCUCUCGUGGCAUGAUCAAGUUAUUGCAAUGUGUAACCGUUCAAUAAUACUGUUGCAAGACUUCAAUCUGUUGACUUCGGUUCGCGUACGCUCUGUCAGGCAGACUGAUGUCCUGUGCUUGCCAUUUGCUCGAACCACAACAUUCGACAACUCAUUUAUUGUCACGGCAGUCAGGACGUGGAACCAGUUACCGGAGGAGAUUGUGACAAUUGCUGAUUACAAUGAAUUUCGGUCAAAGUGCUACAAUCUUUCAAACAAUUCUAUCAGAUUUAUUUGCAAUUCAAGACGUGAUGCGCAUAUUACUUUCUAUAAACAGUCUCUAAACUGGCUUACGAUCUAA